CCAACUUGCUAAGGCAUCCGGGUAGAGUGUGGCUAGGGAGGGACAAACUGCCCCUGAGAUGUUUGCAUUCUGGUUUCCAAGUUAGUGCUUGUCUGUAUCUACACCAUGUCUACCUUCGAGAAGCCUCAGAUCAUUGUCCACAUUCAAAAGGGGCUCAACUACACGGUGUUCGACUGCAAAUGGGUGCCCUGUAGUGCCAAGUUCGUGACGAUGGGCAACUUCGCCCGGGGCACCGGCGUUAUACAGGUGUACGAGAUCCAGCGCGGGGACGUAAAGCUGCUGCGGGAGAUCGAGAAGGCUAAGCCCUUUAAGUGUGGAACAUUUGGUGCCACGUCUUUGCAGCAGAGAUACUUAGCUACUGGAGAUUUUGAUGGAACUCUUCAUAUAUGGAAUUUGGAAGCUCCAGAGAUGCCAGUGUAUUCUGUGAAGGGUCACAAAGAAAUUAUAAAUACUAUAGAUGGGAUAGGUGGACUUGGAAUUGGGGAAGGAGCACCUGAAAUUGUGACCGGCAGCCGAGAUGGCACUGUAAAGGUGUGGGACCCAAGGCAAAAAGAUGAUCCUGUUGCUAACAUGGAACCUGCACAAGGAGAAAACAAGAGAGACUGUUGGACGGUGGCAUUUGGCAAUGCUUAUAGUCAAGAAGAACGUGUAGUUUGUGCUGGCUAUGACAAUGGGGACAUCAAGCUGUUCGACCUCAGAAACAUGUCGCUGCGGUGGGAGACAAACAUUAAAAAUGGGGUGUGUAGCUUGGAGUUUGACAGAAAAGACAUAAGUAUGAAUAAGUUGGUAGCGACAUCCCUGGAAGGGAAGUUCCACGUCUUUGACAUGAGAACACAGCACCCCACCAAAGGCUUUGCUUCUGUUACAGAAAAGGCCCAUAAGUCCACCAUAUGGCAAGUUCGGCAUCUGCCUCAGAACAGAGAGCUCUUUCUGACAGCGGGAGGUGCCGGGAGCCUUCACCUCUGGAAGUAUGAAUACCCUACUCAGCGGUCAAAGAAAGAUUCCGAAGGAGUAGAGAUGGGAGUGGCCGGUUCCGUCAGCCUGCUGCAGAAUGUGACCUUGUCUACUCAGCCCGUCUCCAGUUUGGACUGGAGUCCUGACAAAAGGGGGCUCUGUAUCUGUAGUUCCUUCGACCAGAUGGUGCGAGUCUUGAUUGUUACAAAGCUCCAGACCAUCUGACCCAAGGCUUUGAACUUGAAACUUUCCAGAGGGUUACUCACAGAAUUUGAGAUGUGUCCUGCGUCCUCUGGUCUCAUUGAAGAUGGUUGAAUCUGAGUGAUGGGUGACUGCCACAGGGAAAAGCCAGCCAACCCCUAGCUUCUUUGGGUGUUGCUGGCCUGACACGCAUGCUGCUGCAUGUGAAGGUGCCACACACCAGGGUCAGCUUUGUUGCUUUUCCACACAUUUCUACUUAAAAAAAAA